AAGUGAUCAACAGUGACAAUGAACAAUUUCUACGUUAGCGUUUUUAUUGUUGUUAUUUAGACGUUUAACACCUUGGAUUUCAAAAUAUGACUAAUGUAACUGCACAGCAUCACAUACUCACACUAUAAAGUGUAUAAUUCGUGUUGGAGACGACUUAGUUGAUAGAUGUUAACUAGGUAACACGAGCGAGCUGCUAACAAUGGCUAACUGUAUGGUGUUUCACACUCAAAUAGCCUCCAUCAUGGAGGUGCUAGCGAAUGCAGCCGUGGCAGAGAUCUGUAAACUCGUAGACGACGACUAUGCAGUGUUUCGUUUGGAAAUAACUCAAAGCCAGAAAGAAAACAGGGCAUUGCGGAGGAAACUACUGGAACUGAAGGUGGCAAGGGAGCGCGCUGAAAGGACAAUACCAGAGCGCGUCCUCGCCAGUCGUCCCAGUAGUGUCAAGAUCCUCGACCGAUACAGAGGAAUGGCAAGAGGUGAAGGACAUCGCACUGGAGGCUACAGAAGCUUUGUAAAGCCUAUGGGACACCAUACAUGGAGAGAUGACCAACCAAUCACUGUUGAUGAGGGGAGUGGAACCUCAACCCAGCACAUUAUCAUGAUAGAGCCUGCAGAGGCUGCAGGUACUGGAGUCAAGCUGGAGAGGUCUGAAGGAGAGGAGGACCCACGACACAUCACAGAUAUCCAGACUGGAGCAGCUGGAGUGCCUCCUGUAGCUAUGGAGGACCCCACCAUCGCCUCAGUGCAGCCCAGGACCCGAUGCAGCAUCACGGAGGUCAGUGGAAUCCAGAACGCCGUUCUCAAGUCAGAGACAGACACCGAGACUUUAACGGGGCUGGGACAACUGGGCUGUCCUCCUGCUCCCCGCUCAGAGUAUUUACUUUACGGUAACCUGAGGACAGUUUUAUCCAAUCGGGACUCAGGUGAUGCAUUACAGGCUGACAAUGAUCCAACCUGUUCAUACGUUACAGAGACACAGAUGAUAUCUGGUGACAUGCCUGUGGGCUUAGAUACACAGACUAAUCCAAUGAGAGGGGACUGGAACCAGUACAGCAGUAGUGUAUACUCUGAAGGGUUCCAAGAUAAGAAAGGGGAGGGUCUAGUCGUAGAUGAGGUGAUUGUGAAAGUUGAGCGCGACUCUCCUCAGACAUGGAAUGCAGAUGAAACUCACUUAAAAGAAGGACACUCGCAGGGCAACACCAGCGACUUUUUAGAUUACAGGGAAAGCUUGGAGACAAAUCUAAAUGUUGCGACCCACUCCCCUUCACAUGCGUUCAGAGAUCACGACCCAGUGUCCACAUCGAUGGGGCCUUCUGAUUCACACGGCGGCCGCGUCUUUUUUGAUCAGGUAUUGAACUCAAACGACAGGACUAGAGCCCAGGCUCAGACAGGGGAUGCUACAUCAGGCAAUAGUAAAGAGAAACGGUUCCUCUGCAUGUUCUGUAACAAAGCCUUCAGCUGCCCACAUAAUGUUGAGAUCCACCAGAGGGUCCACACAGGAGUAAAACCCUUCAGCUGUACACGGUGUCAUAUGCGCUUCGCCCAGGCUGGCAACCUGAAGAGGCACCAGAGGGUCCACACAGGGGUGAAACCCUUCAGCUGUACACAGUGUCAUAUGCGCUUCGCUGAGGCUGGUGACCUGAAGAGGCACGAGAGGGUCCACACAGGGGAGAAACCCUACAGCUGCCCCCAGUGUGAGAAGAGGUUUUCCCGCCAGCACCAGCUGAAGAUGCACUUGAAGGUCCACACGGGAGAAACGCUGUUUGCCUGUACGCACUGCGGGAAGAGGUUCUCAGAGAGGAGCUUCCUCAGAAUACACCAGCAGAAAAAUCAUUCCAGUCUAUAACAUUCAAAUAAACUAUUUCACGCGUAUCUUCUUACAUUUAGAUCAAACCCUGAAUUAAAGACACAUGUAUACAUUUUCAUUGUUAUCAGCAGAAAAUAUCCACAGAGACAUUUGGAAUAACAGUAUCAGAUUUCAGUGUUGAAUAUUGCUGGGUAGAAUAUUGCAUCCAGACUUUGUGUGUUAUAAGUCUAAAGUCUGUUACAUAUUAUAUUUGUACUGUGUAGGAUACAUGUUUACAAAUGCCUGGAUUACUUCCAUUCACCUACUGAAUUUUUUUCCAAGACACUUUUAAUGAGAAAAGAAAUGCAGUUCAACAAGUUAAUGCCAGAUUUUUAGUUGGGUCAUGCUUAUGUGUGGUUUUCAUAUGGUGUAUGUAAAACUUGUUUAUGUUUAAUAAAGACAAAAUGGGACUUUUCA